AUGAUCAUCCGAUUCAGAACCAAAGAUGGUAUGCUUCGAGUGAAGGCAGAGCCAUCUGACCCGUUUUCCAAGCCUUUGACCGAGGUGGUUGCUAAAUUCUCCAUUCAAGACCCCAAACUGAUCUUCGUAAGCGACAAACCAAAUGACAAGGGAAAGAGCGCUGCAGAACUUGCUGAACAGUCAGUGGGAGAGCUUAAGCUUAAGAAUGGUGAUAUGCUAUUUGUUUCAUAUGAGUCAGCUACUUCUGAAGCACCAACAGCUCAGACUGGCCUGGUUCCUAUAGAUCGCCACCAGACAGUAGCUGUUAGAGAUACUACUCCAGCGCCAAAGGAGUCAGUUAAACAGCAUCCAGUGGACGACUUGCUUGAUAAACUGGAAGGGCUUAUUAAGAGGCCAAAAUCCAGUUUCUGUAGCCAUGGCGAUAAGGGAAUGUGUGAGUACUGUUCGCCUUUACCACCAUGGGAUAAGAACUACUUGAAGGAGCAAGGCAUCAAGCAUAAAUCCUUCCAUGCCUACUUGAAAGAGAUGAACGAGCAACAGAACAAUAAGAGCAAAGCUUCGUCUUAUAUUGCACCUUUGCAAGAUCUUAAUUAUGCCAUCAACUUGCAUUGCCCAGGCGGCCAUGCACCAUAUCCUGGAGGAAUCUGUUCCAAAUGCCAGCCAGCACCAAUCACACUUCAGCAGCAGCCAUUCCGUAUGGUUGAUCAUGUGGAAUUUUCAGACCACUCUCUUCUUAAUACGUUUAUUGAUGUGUGGAGACAAUCUGGUGUUCAACGGUAUGGUGUUCUCUAUGGUAGAUACGAGCCAUUUGAGAAGGUUCCUCUAGGCAUUAAGGCUGUGGUGGAAGCUAUUUAUGAACCCCCACAACUGGGUGAGUUUGACGGUAUCACUCUUCUUGACUGGCACAAUGAAAAAGAUGUCGAUGAAGUGGCCCUGGCUUUGGGCUUACAGAAGGUAGGUGUGGUUUUUACAGACUUGACAGAUUCAGGACGCAGAGAUGGUACCGUUUUGUGCAAGCGUCAUAAGGAAUCAUACUUCUUAUCAUGCCUUGAAGUGCUCAUGGCAGCUAAGAACCAGGUCGCUCAUCCGAACUACAGCAAAUACUCGGAAACCAAUGAUUUCUCCUCCAAGUUCGUCACAUGCGUCAUUACAGGUAAUCACAAUGGUGAGAUUGAACCUCAUUCAUAUCAAGUUUCACGGAGCGCUGAGGGACUUAUUAAGGCAGACAUCAUAUCCGCUUCUACCCAUCCAAACAUGCUUUGCAUCAACAAAACACAAGGAUCAAGAUAUGUUCCGGAUGUUUUUUACUCAAAAAUCAAUGAGUACGGCUUGGAAGUGAAGGAAAAUGCUAAACCAGCUUUCCCUGUGGAGUUCUUAUUGGUAACUCUACUGGAUUCUUUCCCAUUGGAACCCAAGCCAAUGUUCAAGCUUGACUUUGUUGUCGAGAAUAGAGACUUUUUGGGUGAGCUUCAGGACCUCAAAGCUGUUCAAAGGCAAAUCCAGCUGGGUGAUGGUGACGGCAGUCAGCUUGUUGACUUCCAUUUCUUGGUGUAUUUGCGCAAAAUGGGCAUUCUCAGUGAUGACGAACUCAAAUGUCUCUACCGUUAUGCCAAAGACAAGAACUACGAUGAAUAUUUACAGUUGGUGCAGUCAGGAGGAUGGAUGACACUCUUGACUGUCUUGGAGCAGAGCACGCAUUAG